UGUCAAUCACAGACUGCAGUCCAGACCCAGACGCUGGAGCAGAUCAUUUCAUUGAAUGUGUUGAAGGAUGAUGGACAGAACAGCCAUGGCAUCUGAACUCAGAUUUCUAGUGUUUGGAAAGAGCCAGGAUGAUAACGUCGAACUCACCAACUUCAUCACGGGCCAAAAAGAAGCACCAUGUGGGAAACUGACCGUCAGCAAAGGACACUGGAUGAAGACACUGUUAACAGUCGUAGCCUACGAUAUCUUCAGCCCACAUGAGGAUGAAGUAAAACAGUGGAUAAAUGAAUGUGUUUAUCGAUGUUCACCAGGUCCGAACAUCCUGCUGCUGUUGGCGAACCCUUCAGACUUCACCAAAAACGACAGACAGAGGCUAAACCACAUCAUGAGUCUGUUUGGAGACGAUGCCUUCCAGUAUUUGAUGGUCGUCAUCACACAGAAUGAAACUGGAUGGAACCCUUCGCUCCAUAAACUCAAACAGGACUGCAGACCGAGGCUGCACAGGAUCAACCUUGAUGAAAAACAUCUUCCUGAGGAAGCUCGUCAAGAAAUAAUGGAAAAGGGAAAUAAUAUUCGGAGUCAAAACAAAGGCCGAUACCUGAAACUGACUGAAGCUCUGUAUUCUUUGGUGGAACCUAAACGUCCGAAGCCACCUCUGAACCUGGUUCUCUGUGGGAGGUUUGCAGACUGAAAGGCUUUAACUGCUAAUGCUAUUCUGGGACAAAGAAAGUUCGCUCCAAGUACAGAUUCGUCAGAGUGCGUCAAACGCCAGGCGGAGGUCUGUGGACGUCGGGUUUCUUUGGUGGAACUUCCUGUUCUCAGUGGAAAACCUCAAAAAGAUGCAAUGAAGGAAUCCAUCAGAUGUGUGUCGCUGUGUGAACCUGAGGGUGUCCACGCCUUUGUCCUGGUCCUACCUGUAGGUCCACUCACCAAUGAAGACAAAGAAGAGUUGAAGACCAUCCAGAACACAUUCAGAUCCCAAAUCAGCGACUUCAUGGUGAUUCUGUUCACUGUGGAUUCAGAUGCAACAGCUUCUGCAGUCGCUAACUAUAUGAGUAACAAAGAAGACAUCCAGCAGCUCUGUCGACACUCUGGUGGACGACACCACAUUGUCAACAUCAAGAACCAACAGCAGGUUUCUGGGAUUUUACACACUGUGGAACACAUGAGCAUCCAAGGAUCCAGAAGCUUCACGAAGGACAUGUGUCCUAAACCUCCAGUUAAUCGGGUUGCUAAACAUUCUUUUUUAAGACAGAAUCGUCCAAUAUUAAACUUUCAGCGGAAUUCUGCUCUGAAACCAAUAGGGGACGUGAAUCCACCUGCAGAGAGUCUCCGGAUGGUGCUGAUCGGAAAGACCGGAUGUGGGAAAAGCGCAACAGCAAACACCAUCCUGGGGGAGGACAAGUUCACGUCCAAAACUGCCUUAGGAUCAGUGACCAGAGUUUGCCAAAAGGCUGAAGGACACAUUGACGGUCGACCUAUCGCCGUCGUGGACACUCCAGGUUUGUUCGACACGACUCUGUCCAACGAAGACGUUCAAGAGGAGCUGGUGAAAUGCAUUAGCAUGUUGGCGCCUGGACCUCACGUCUUCUUACUGGUGCUGAAGAUCGGUCGCUUCACAAAGGAAGAAAAAGAAACUCUCAAACUCAUUACGGAGUUUUUUGGCAAAAAGUCUGAAGACUUCAUCAUCGUCGUAUUCACCAGAGGAGAUGAACUGAAAGAUGAAACGAUCGAAAGUUACAUAGAAGGAGACAAGGAAGGUUCUGUCAAGAAAGUGAUCGCAGAAUGUGGAGGAAGAUACCACGUCUUCAAUAACAACGAUCGGGAGGAUCGGACUCAAGUCAGUCAGCUACGAACCAAGAUCGAGAAAACGGUGAAGAAAAAUGGAGGUGGUUUCUUCACCUCCGAGUUAUUCCAAGAGGCCGAGGCAGCCAUAGAAAAGGAAGAGGAAAGAAUCCUGAAGGAAAAAGAAAAGGAGAUGGAGAAGCAGGAGAAAGAUCUGGAAAGAAAACACAAUGAAGAGGUGCAAGAAAUUAAAGAGAAAGUCAAACUUCUAAGACCAAAAUUUGAGGAAGAAAUAUAUCUGAGAGCGAAAGAAGUCAAAGAAAAGGAAGAAAAACUCAAGAGAGAGCAAGAAAAGACAAAGAAAGAACGAGAAAGACGAGAAGAAGAGGAAAGAAUCAAGAAAAUAGAG